AUGUCGGACUCCAGUAACCCCCCCAAACGAGCUGCCUGUGACCGCUGCAGGACGCAGAAGUUGCGCUGUGUUCGUGCCCCCGGCCACCCCGCCGACUCGUGCAUUCGAUGCGUUCGAUCCCAGAUGGAAUGUGUAACCAGUUCAUCCAAGCGGCCGGGUCGCCCGAGAAACUCGACCACUGCUUCGCGGCAGACCACCGGGUCGGAUCGAACGAAAUGUAACAAUGAUAAUAUGCACAGCCCUCGCAAUCCGAGUCCACCUCUUCCCACGGUGGAUCUCCACGCUCUGGCCAGUGUGGACGACUGGUUCAAUCUCGAACUGCUGGACGCCGACUACGAGAUGAGCAAUGCUCCGUGGAACUCCAUCGAUGCCGGGUUCCCCAUUGAUGGCAGUGCGACCAUCCACACUAUGUCCUCCCCAUCUACGCCCCCAGAUGGACCCUCCCCAGCAGCGUGGCUGAAUGACCCGAUGAUGGACACCAGCCCGACCGAGCAUCUCCCGCUCCUGCAGCUCGAGCCUAUCGACCCGGGCUUGCUGCCGCUGUUUGGAGACCAGCUGCCCCCUCCGAUCUUCGACCACGGCCUGCACCUCUCCGUGCUCCAACGAGAACUCUCCAAACAACUCUUCACUCUUCGGUCGAUGCCAUGGGACACGACCAAAGCAAUGUGGCUGACCUGCCUCCACGAGGCCGGGGGCUGCGACUCCGCCACUCACCCAAGCCCACCGGAUCUCCAGAUCACCACCACUACCACCACCAACCCACUCGCUAAGAUCGCCCAGACUGCCGCCGACUUUGCUCAAUUUCUCCGCUCCAUUCAAGCCUCUACCCCUCCAGAGAGUACCAAUGUCCAUCACCACCCAGCCGCCAAAGCUCCCGCCAACACCACCCCCACCUUAGCAUUCACCCACCCGCGCCUCAGCAUCGCCGACCUCCUCACCAUCCUGAGCUGCCACCUGCUCACGAUCUCCAUCUACGACGUCAUCUUCGGCCACUUUAUCGAGCAGGCCCGGCUCAACCCCACGGCCCUCCACCUGGCGACGCAAGCCGCCCCCAAGCUGUUUCUCGGUGGCAUUGCCGUGCCCCCCGGCUUGGGCAUGCUGAGUCACUUGCUGUACUGUUUGACAGGGAGUCAGUUGCGGCCCAUCGAAGUUCUCCUCGGCCUGCCAGAGGAGUUCUGUCUCUCAUCGCCGCGGACGGGGCUGGACGAGACCGAUCCAAAGCCGGAGGGGCUGUUCAGUAGCCCUAGUGGGCAGUUGUUAUUCUCGACGUUGAUGCAAGUUGAGUUGGACGCGGGGAAUGCCGAGUGUGGGCGGGAGAGAGGCGGGCUGGGGGUCAUUGAGGCGUUGAGGGGGAAGAUGAGACGGGUGCGGUGUUUGGAUUGA